AUGUGCGGUAAUGGCAAGCGAUCGAGCGAAACAUAUCGAACAAAUGUGACACUAGAAGAAGUGAAUGAGGGGAAGAAGAAGAUAAACCAGAUCACAGAGUCACCUCAAAACAGAGAAAAGGGCAAGAAACAUGAUGGAGAAGAACAACAACGAUCACCACUCUCACUUAUAAGCAACACUGGUUUCAGAAUAUGCAGGCCUGUGGCGAGUUUCUCAUGGCCCAAACUGCCUGCUCUUGCAGAUACUGCUGGUGAUACUGCUCCUGGUAAUAAUGCGGAGUUUGCUUCUUUGCCAAGUCACGGACCAUCUUCUACUGCGCAUUCUUAUCCAGUGAAGCUACUUGCAGCUAAGCGUCCUCUCGUCUUGCCUUUUCCCUUCACCAUAAAUUCCCCACAAAUCCGUGAGAUCAGAGAUGAUGGAUUAGCUAGCCUGAAAAGAGAAUUUGAGAGACUCGCUUUCAAAGAAGGAAGAGGAGGAGAAGAGGAGGAGCUUAUUGUCAUGACUACGCCUAAUUCUUGUGUCUCUAGUCAGAACGAUAAGCUGAAGACUCCAGCCAAGGAAAUGCACCCUCAUUUGAUGAAGAAGAAAUGCAAAAUUGAGGAUUAUGGUGAAGAUAAGGGGGAAGCUAAAAAUUCAAAGUUGGCCGCAUUGGAGAAAAUUCUCUCAUCUCAUGGGAAGAGUUAUGGAGCCAUUCGAAUACCUUGGAGGGUACGGGAGCUUUUGACAAAGCUAGCUUUAUUUAGACUACCGCUGCUCAAUCCCGAGGAUCUACUUCCACUUUUUGAACGAUGCCUCUCCUUGAAAGAUUUGGAACUGCAAGAUGUAGAAGGCAUUCCUGUUGACUUUGUGCUAGAAGCGGCUACUCACGGAUGA